AUGUCUUCGAUCAAUGUUUCAGAAAUUGCACCAUUUUUGGCCUUUGUGUUAAUAAUGAUGUUUGCUAAGAAAAUUCCUGUCCAUCUGAUUUUCAUUGCCAUGUGCUCUGUUACAUAUGUCAUCAGACAGCAACUUACUGCAGAACUCGACGCACUAAAUACUGUGAUUGAAACUAUUAAUGAAAUCACCAAUUAUGAAUCCCUUUGUGACCAGUUGGACCAAAUAACUAAGACGGAUUCUGUGGCACCAUUAAUAUCUAAACAAUUUGCUGGCCCAUCCGUAUCUAUGACCAAUUUUUCUCAAAGAUCUUCUAGUUCUUCUCUGGGUUCUUCUAGUGACUCAA